CGCGUUAGUCGAACAAUUUGGGCUGUUGUUCGCCGUGAUGGCGUGUACGAUGGAUUAUGGAUUCGAAUGUGUGAAAUUUAGGACAGAGAGAGGCAACGUUGAUUUGCACAACUCUCUCCCAGCCGACUUACCAUGUAACGGUCUUGCGUGCUGUAUUUUGACGAGUUUUUCGCGGUUGAUUGUUCGUGUAUGCAUGCCUGCACUAUGUACCAUUGGGACCCUCUAUAUAGCAGGUGGACCCGGCGUUGGGCCGCGUUCUGGCCCCGUUACCCACCGGGAAUGCGUGCGUGUGUCUUACGAUUACCAGACCCUGGAUAGUCAAUGAGAUGAGGCUGGCCGAAGACGUGAGUCACUCGUCUUGUACGUCCAUAUAUUAUGAAACACCGUCUUAGAAGCAUACCAACGACAACACACGACGCACAUUGAUCGGGGGGAAACGAUAUGAUUCAAUGGGUGUGGUCGACAAUUCCGCAGACAUGUCUGGAAAUGGAGAGAUAUCUGAAACCCGAGCCGAAACAUAUACACUGCCACCAAAAGAUAGAAGAACCUGAAAACCCAUGGAACAAAUUUAUUCUGCCGUUUCAGUACAGCAGAGAUGAGAAAUCUGCGAAUCUUAGUGAUAGCGAUAGUAGCGACAAACAGCUUGAUACACUGAGUCUAAGUUCAACGUCUAGUAUUGCAUCAUGGGAUAGCUCAGGUGAACUUUCACCUUCGACCCCUGUGACCCCGGACCCUUUCAAGUCUGUCUUUAAACAUCUUAGUAAGGUUGCAGAAUCGACUUUGACCCCUCCAUCAUCACCCGAAAAUGUAAAAGCACUGCCACAACUGGCGAGUAAUUCAGUGGCAGCCUCAACAGCGGCAUCAACCACAUCGGCGACCUCAACGACGCGUACACAACGAGGGAGAAAUGUAACUGCAUCCAGACCCUUUGGGAAGAGGGCUGAAUCGCCUGACAACAAACGCAGAAUUCAUCGGUGUCAGUUUAAUGGCUGCCGGAAAGUGUAUACAAAGAGUUCACAUCUUAAAGCCCACCAGCGCACGCAUACAGGAGAAAAACCUUACAAAUGCUCAUGGGAAGGCUGUGAAUGGAGGUUUGCCAGAUCUGAUGAACUUACACGACACUACCGAAAACACACGGGCGCCAAACCAUUUAAGUGCAAUCAUUGUGACAGAUGUUUUUCACGAUCCGACCACCUUGCGCUGCACAUGAAGAGGCAUCUUUAGAUCAUUGCCAGCGACCAUAGCAACAGUCGAAUGUUGCCACGACUCGUGUAAGCAGGUGAAUCAUGCCCGGUGAAGGGUCAAAGGCCAGUAACUGAAAGCCAUGAAUGAUACAGAGGUGAAGUUCGCGCACGCAGGACACGAGAUAAAAAAAAUUGAAUGUGAAUGUUUUAAAUUUGUAUUUGUACAAGAAUUGUUUCUUGGUUUGGUGUCUCGAACGCUGUCUCGGGAAAAUUGUGGGCAACGCACAAAUUUUUUUCUGCACAUGCCAAAAUGUUGAGUGGCCUGACCAAUGUUAUUUCGUGGACCUCUAUGUAAAGAUGUUGGUCUGUUAAAUACUUUUUUUUUUCAUCUGGGGAGAAACUCCAACACUGAAAUAUUAAACAGGGCAAAACGAGCGUAUGUAUGAAAAUGAUUUUGAAAGUAGAAAUUGUGUAUUUCACACUCUAUGUUGAUAGGUAAGGGGAUAAAAAAAAAAUCAGGAAUGAAGGUUGUGGUUUCCAUGGAAACAGAUUCCAAAGGAACGAGGAUGAAACACUCCAUUGGUUAUUUGAAUACGCAUGAUGUGCAGAAUUUUAAACAGAAUUUAAUUCAAAGUACGAGCAAAAAUUGUCUUCGUUUAUGGCUGUUAUUUAUUACAUAACAUUCAAAUCCAACUAAAGAGUUAUGAAGCUAAAUUUAGAAUAUUAUUCUGGCAUGAGGCUGUCUAGGGGUGAAAAAAAAAAAUUGUAUGUUACUGCAACAUAUGUUCACAAAUAAAGAGGGAGAUUCUAUUAUUUGGAAGGGGUAUUUAAUACUCAAUGCUGUGUUUCAAUUUUGUUAGGAAAUGGACAUUGCUUGAAUAAUUGUUAAUAUGUAAUUAAUUUAUGCUGCUGGUUUUGCAUAUUGUAUAAUUUUUUUUUUGAUCCAUUGCGAUCUUAUUUCUUAUAAAUUUUACUAAUUUACCUUAGUUUCAUUUAAACACCUAAAAUAUUAUAGUUGAAAAAUAAUUUCAUUGACCUUCUCAUCCCUACAUAGCUCAUAUUGGAAUGGUCCAUUAUGCAGAUUCCUUGGAUAUCAUUUGAUGUGUCUGGACAUACCAUUAUUUGUAGGGUAUGAUUUGUUGAUGUGUUUUGGACAUAUCAUUAUUGGGAGGGAUGAGUUGGUUAUUUUUGUGGGUGACAGAACAGAGGCUGUGUUUUGUUUAUGAGGGAUGUCUUCUCUGGAAGGAAGUCUAUUUCCUGGCUUUCAAAAUGUUUAUAAUAGUGCAAAGAAAAAAAAUUCAUUUGACUGCAGUCAAAGCAGGUGAAAUUGACACUGAUGUGUCAAGUCCAUAAAAAUUUAAUUUAAUUUUUGAGUGCCUUUUUCAGCUAUUAUUCAAUUCACGCUAAAAACCACUGCCAAAUUGAAAAGCAUUUUACUGUACAAUUUUUUUUUUAUUUUAGUCCAUCCACUGUGAAAAACAAAUCUUUAUUUCGUUCAGUUAAUUUCGUUGUAUGUUUUUGACAGCAUCAAAGAAUAUGGCACUAGACAGACAAAUUUCAAUGUAAAAAGUUCUUGCUCUCAUUGCCAGCAUUUUUUCCUGCCAAAGACUGUUCAGUUAUUUUUAUAUUUUUUAUUAUAAGUUUUCCCCCUUUACCCUAAUUUGGAUGCAGACUGAAAACGUUUGCUGUGGUAUUUAUACUUGCUUGAAAAAAUAAUGUUGUAGUAUAUCAUAAAAAGUCAGAAAAAAUCGUUUAUCAAAGACCAUAUUGUAUUAACACGGCUAUCAAAACCUCAAAAUAAAAUAGAGAUAAGUGGAAAUGUUAGGGUUAUUUACUAUUUAGAAAAGUUUUUUAACCUGUUAAAUUCUUUCUUGAUGAGUAAUGGAAGACCGAAAUAAACAUAAAAGCUUUAGUGUGAAAAGGGCUAUUUAAUUACCCCCUCCCCCCUUUUUUUUUUUGCUUGGACCAAGAUUCACUUGUUUACUCAUACCUAUAUUCAGCAUAGAUCUGUACAAUAGUUGGCAGCCUUGCAUGAAAUCUUCAUACAAAAAAUUCAUUCACGUGGAACAAAUGAAAAAAAAAAGUCAGACUUUUUUUUUUUUUAACAACUUCUGAAGGAUUGCUUGCUUUUAAAUGUUUGUUGAUGAUAAAAAUUCUCAUUGCCGCCCCCUCAUUACAUUCCAAAGGUACAGCCUCUGUUUUAAUAAUCCCACAAAACUCCUUACUAGAACAAAGUGGUGGUUGUUUGGUGAGAAACAUAGUUAAAAGCACUUUUCUUAAUGUACUGAGAUGUCAAAGUACACUGGAGUACACACGGAUAGAAAUUAAUGUCCCAAAAGGAAAGUUUCUCUGGUUUUCUCACUUUUGAUCUGUGAUUGGCUGCUGCUUAUCACUAACAUAAUGAUCAUGUGAUCUGUUCCAACCAAUCAAAUUACUUUGUUCUAUAGAAGGACUGAUUUAUGUAGUUCAGCAAAAAUUUAUGAAGACAAUCUUUUUUUUUUUGCAUUAUCAAGAAGCAGCUGGUCUGCAAAAAUUUAAUAAUUUGUUGAAAAACAACUUUACCAGUAUUAUGUUUAGAAAGGGGUGUUUGUCUGUUUCAAUAGUAUGGUGGAGAAAAUGUACAUUUAUUAGUUAUGUAUGGAUCUUCAAUUUUACAGGUGUAAUUUUCCAGUUAAAAGGAAAUUCUGAACAGAUAUGAAAGCAUUAUGUCUGGUAUCAAAACAAAUUUAAAACUAACUAUUUCAGUUAGUUGUUAAACAAUUUGGAGUCUUGUGGGGGAAAUAAGAUUUCGGGGGGGAAAAAAAAUAUUUUCACCAAUGCCCUGGGUUAUAUGCAGUUCAUAUGAACUGGGUGAUAGGAUUCUUUUUUGUGCAAGACCAAUUUUUAUUAUUGAUGCAAUAUUUUGAGCUAAAAAACGCAAUCUCCACCGUAGCACACAUCCAUUCCCCAUGAUCUAGAACCGAUUCUCAUCCCUGGGCAAAAGUUGGAAAGUUUUUUUCCCCCUUCAAACGUACUAUUGAAACAGACAAACUUUGCAUGUUAGCUGUUUAAACAGUGCAAUGUAUAUUUCAUUUAGCAUAAAACGAUAAAAAAAACACUUCGUUAAUUU